AAGCGCUCACCGCCGCCGUGUCAAAACCCCAACGCCGGCGUCUCUCUCUUGGCCCUGAUCCGACCAGCCGCGGGGGGUAGGAGAUGGCGCAGCCGAGCAAGGAGCCGUGCAAGAAGGAGGCGUGCGACAUCCAGGCCUGCCUCUCCAAGAAUCUCUUCGAUUCCAAGAAGUGUUUGAAAGUUAUUCAGUCACUUCAGUCUUGUUGUGACCAGUGCGAGUACAAAUCAACACAUUGUGGUUCUUUGACUGGGUUACUGAAGAACAUAACAAAGUGAUGUAACAUGACCGCCAUGUUUUUCUGUAGCCAUUUAAUCAAGAUGAUCUUUGCAUUUACAGGUCAUUGUAGGUUACUAGGUUUGCUCAGUUUCUCUUAUUCAUCAUGGUACAGUACAAUCUGGAUGCUUCAAUUUACUUUGCUUAGUGGAUCAUGUUGACCACAGCAUACCAUAUUGAGUUUUUGAUGUUGGUGCUAUUAUGAGAGGAAGUCACAUGGGACUGGUUGAUUGGCUGAAUUAUUAUGUUAUUCCUACUUGCAGCAUCACUGAGGGAGAAAAAAAUACUGCAACCAUUCUCAACCUGCAGAAUGAUGCUCUGGUUGCUGAGUUGUUCGGUACUGAGAUUUG